UAUGGUGAAAAAUGAGGAGGAGGAGGAGGAGGUACACAAACCCCGUGAGAGCUGGAGGAGAAAGUGAACAAGCACUGCUGGAGGAACAGCAAGACCCAAAUGAGCUCCGAUCUCCUAAAAGAGUCAGAAUACAUCUGCUCUGGUUCUGAAUGGGACCAGACUCCUAGGUGGGACAGAGGGUUCCAGAAGAACAGGACAGCUGACAUUAGAGGACGUCAACAAGUGGAGACACUGAUGCUCACACAGGUACAGGACAUUCCCAGCAGAGAAGUCCAGAGGUUUGUCUUUGAAAGAAAAGCUGCACCUGGACCUCGUCUUCAUCCAGAGGUCAACAUGGACCUAAGAGAGGAGCUUCUGAACAAACUUCAUGAGGUUUGGAUCAAGCUGCAGGGCCUUCCACAAGCAAGUCCACUGGAGCAGGGAGCAUUCGCUGUUGUCAUCCUGUUUGUUGGUGCUUUCCUCUUCAUGAUCGUGAUCGGCUGCAUGCACUGUUGCUGUGGAAAGCCAAAAUAUCAGGCCUCAAGGGUUCAGCCUUUGCAGUUCACCUGAGACAGAAACUCCACCCACCUCACCUCCUUUCUGCCCAUCAUGCAGCCUUUAAUCAAUGUGACUGAUGGGUGAAUGACAACUCUGAUGUAAUUUAUCUGUGGGUGAAAGACUGGAUCAGCACCAGGAGUCCACGUGGAUCAGCAGAGCAGUCUGACCCUGACAGACUCAGGACAAUGACAGAGGGUGUGACAUCAGAGAGAGAAAUGGCUUUGUGCUCUCGUUUCACUGAAACUCCUGCGUUCCACUGCAGUGGUUGAAGAUGAGCGACACAUUCCGACGAGACCGGAGAGUAAAGCCAUCUUCUGUUUAAAGGUGCAGAACACUGAAAAAUCCUUUUAUCGGAUUAUUUCUGAUGUAGCGUGGUUAACAUCUACAUACUAGGAUUUAACACUGUUUGCUUCAGUUUGGUUAGAUCCUGAGAAAAGAUCGGACAUUAGCAUAUUAUCUUAUAUUAUGCACAAAUAUCUAGGAUAUUAAUGCAAUUGAUAGAAGUUCAUACACUAACUGUCUUGGUCUAUAUUUUAAUCUAAAGAUUAAUGGUUAAUUUAAGAUAAUUAAAUUUAAUAGCAAAAGUUUAUUUAUUGAAUCAGAAGUUAGGAAUCUUUGCUCAUUCAAUAACCAAAUAUAUACACCAUUCUGUGUUUCAUUCAAAGAAGAGUCAGGUUUUAAACAGUUAAGAAUUUAUUACUAACACUUUUAAAAAUGACAACUUGAAAUGACAAUUUGUAACAGCUUGAUAUUAAAACUUGUUAUUAAACAAA